AGUUAGUCAAUUGUGGAAAAUUAUAUUUAGUCAGCACAAUCUAUUGCAAUUCAAAACUGAAUUUAUUUAAGUGCUUUUGGUGGUAAUGGAAAGGAAACAAAAGUUAUUUAUGGGAUCAAAUCUGUUUUCUAAUUUUUACCAGAUGGGAUAUUUAUCGUGUCACUGUUCAAUUGUGCUUUUUUGAAAUGAUCUUUUGACAUCUACAUGUCUGUUUCAGGUUGUGCAACCAAACCUCAAAAUAUGGUAGUACGCAAAAUGAAGAUGGGAUUUAUUUUAAUUGUAGCCUGCAUGGGCUUCCUCGCUCCUGUCCACCAAGCGCACAUUCCGAGCACCACCAUCUCAGAUCUUUCCUUAAAAAAUAUGGACUUUGCCAUGAACCUAUACAGAAAAAUAUCCAGCUAUCAUGACAACAAUAUCUUUUUCUCGCCUCUGAGCAUCUCCACCAGCUUUGCUGCUCUUUUAAUGGCUUCUGAUGGCAUCACACACGAGGAAAUACUGAAGGGACUCAACCUGGAGCAGCUGGAGCGGGCUGACCAGCCAGAACUUAUCCCAACACUCUUUCAACUCCUUCAUGAGAACAUCAAACAGAAUGGAUCACUGAAACUGGACCAAGGCAUGGCCCUCUUCACGGGCCAGCAGUUUGUGGUAGAGAAAGUAUUUGAAGAUCAAAUCAAGACAUUUUUUGAAGCUGACAUCAGAAGUGUAGACUUUGAGGACACAGAAGGGAGUAUCAGGUUCAUCAAUGAGUAUAUCAAGAACAAGACUCAGGACAAAGUGACAGACAUGAUGUCCACCCUGGAUUCACUGACCCAACUCAUGUUAAUCAACACAAUUUUCUUCCAGGGAUCCUGGCAGAAGCCUUUCAACCCCAAUUUUACUGAAAGUGCACCGUUCUACAUUGACAACUACAACAUUGUGCAAGUACCGAUGAUGUUUUUAGCGGAUAAGUUCUACUCAAUGGAGGAUGUUCCUCUUGGUGCUAAGGUGUUGAAGCUACCAUAUCAGGAAGGCGUUUCCAUGCUUAUCCUGCUACCAAACAAAGGCAUGGACUACACUGUAAUUGAUGAUGGGAUCACUGCGAAGAAGUACCUCAGCUGGAUCAAAAACCUGCGAAAAAUCAAACUGGAUGUCAAGUUACCCAAAUUCAAGUUGGAGGAGUCGUAUUCCCUGCAAAAUCUUCUACCAGAUAUGGGCAUGGCCAGCAUCUUCAGUACUUCAGCCAAUUUGACAAAGCUGAGUAAAGAAAAAGGCCUCAAAGUGUCAGAGGUGCUGCACAAGGCAAUGAUCGAAGUGGACGAGACAGGAACCAUUGCAGCAGCAGCCACAACAACUGGCAUUAUUGCAUAUUCCUUACCCAGUACCUUCAUUGUCAACAGGCCGUUUUUCUUCUUCAUAUACCAUGAAGCCACAAACUGUCUGCUGUUCAUGGGCAGGGUGAUUGACCCUACCAAAAACUAGCAGUCAUGACUGGGUUGUUUACUAAGGCUUUUAACUGGCUGUUUUCAUGCAUCUUAAAGCUUGUGCUGUUCUGUUCUAUAAUAAAGAAUGAACAUUAUUGUGCCUUUCUUUUGAAUUUAAUGAAAUCAUUUCGUCUCUCGGACUAAGAUGUGUGCAAAACACAAACUAAAUGAGCAGGGCCGGGUACAUGCAUGUGAGCACCAGCACCAGGGCACUUUGGCUUUUCGUCUCUUUACAUCUGGAAAUCAACCUUUAAAUAUGUAUCAACAUUUAAAACCUGCAGACUUGGCAAAU